AUGUCGGCACCCGUCCUGGCCGAGAUGCUCGAGAAGAUGCGCGUCAGGGAGACUGACGAUGCUCGCACGGUUCUGAGCAAAAAACUGUCUUAUGUUUUGCGCCACGGCGCCAAACAGUUAGACCUCAGCAUAACCAAUGGAGGCUUCGUCUCAGUGAAUGAACUUCUGGCGAUUCGAGAUCUCUUUGGCAAUGUGCAAGCAGAGGAUCUCUUAGAAGUGGUAGAAAGCUCCAACUCCGAAAAGCAGCGGUACGAGCUCAUCCAUGAAGAAGACGGCUGGCUGAUCCGGGCCACCACGAAGCACACCAUGGAGGAGUUGAUCCGGGGCACCGUUGGUUAA